UGUGUGAGGCCUCUGCCAAAACUGACGAUGGCGUCUCCCUGUUCCUGGUUUACCGGUGUCCAGGAACUCGGAGCAGGUUUCGGGAGUGGAGCUCGGACCCAGACUGAAACGUUCAGCUUAAUGGAAAUGACUCACAUCCACCAGUUUCUGUACAGUGACAAACAUUUUGUCCACAAUGUCUGUUGGCCGGGCGAUUCCAACAAAUGCAAGCAUUCACAGUUUCUGUCUAAAUUCGAUUUAACACUAAGGUCCGCUUGGACUGAAAAGAUGGCCCAGGGGCUAUUUCGAUAUCACCUCGGGGAUUUACAGACACGGAUUUUACCUGGUCCACAUCGCUUUGUUGCUCAGUUAAAUAUCUCACGGGGCAAGGAACGCAGGAAACCGCAAGAGAUACUAAGCAUCUCCCAGAGGUUUGACGCAAAACAGUUUCACUUCAAUAAAAUACAGCCAGGGGAGAUCGUUUUUGAAUUGUGUAAGCGAGAUGCGUGUGACGCGAGUGAAGGCGAUGAAACCAGAGAGGGGGAGACAUGUUCUUACCAGAACGGUACCGCAGAUGAUCUCGCCCGCAGCCUAGUCGUGAUUAACGUGAGCCCACUGGAAGUCGGCCACUGUUUGCUCAUUCCCGACCCGAGCCGGUGUCUGCCCCAGAUUCUCACUCCGGGCGCUGUUCGGAUCGGAAUCGAGGCGGUUCUACUGAGUUCUCACCCGGGCUUUCGAGUGGGAUUUAACAGCCUGGGCGCAUUUGCCUCCGUCAACCAUUUACACCUCCACGGCUACUACCUGGACCAUGAGCUCCGCAUUGAAUCCGCCCGCACCGAGCCACUCAUACCUCAAAGGGGCUUUCAUCUCCUUCCUGAAUUUCCCGCCGGAUUCAUGUUUUACACAGACGGCGAGGGUUUGCGUGCAACCGUCGAAUACGUCUGUAAGCUCACUGACAGUUUAGUGGAAAGGAACAUCGCUCACAACCUCUUCCUAACCCGUGGCCGCCCGCCUGGGGAUCAUCCUCAUCCGGACUCGGCCCGUCCCGGUGUCCGUAUAGUCGUGUGGCCUCGGAUCUCCUGUUUCGGAGCGAAAGAGGAGUCUGCCUUCAACGUGGCCCUCUGUGAGCUUGCAGGACAUUUGCCAUUUAAGAACCAGGAGGACUUUGAAACGAUCGAGGAGGACGAUGUGAAACGCAUAAUCGAGAAAUACCUCUUUCCUGAAAAUAAAUUCAUUGCGUUACAAGCAGAGCUAAAGCAUCUGUUGAACGAUCAGCCCCAUUAAACAGUAAAAUGUCAUACAAUUAAUUAGACCAUACUGUAUGUACUGUAAAUCCCGUGUAAAUAUCAAAGUAAUGAGAAGGUGAAUCGAUUCGAUUGCACAUUUAGUUAACAUUAACAUUUUUUUUUUAAAAUUGCAGUCAUCAGCACUGUUCUUGACAUCAGAACAGAGACAUCUUGGUUUUACUGUGAAUUCCUGAAACGCGGUUAUGAUUUCUGUCAUAUUUUGCAGCUCCUCUCUUUAAUCUCUACCUUGCGUCACAUCUAGUCGGUUCAGUAGUUUAUGUUGAUAUAUGAUUAACUUUAGCAUAUAUCAUAUUUUUUUCAUAUAUUUUUCAUAUAAACGGGAAGAGGUCAAACGACCUUUUUAGAUAGCUGGGUUGCAAGUAGCUCUUUAUUCAUCCCUGAAUCUCAUCCUGCUCUUUCUGAAAGGAGAUGAGGUGUCAGCUUCAGCAGAACGACUGAGUGGCUUGUUCGGGACUCGUGACAGCCCUUUGUGUAAAAUAAUUUCCUCUUUUCUUUGUUUGAAAAGCACUGUCAUUGAUUGCACUACUGUAACAUUGUUAAAAUUGGCUUUGAAGUUGUUAUGCUUCGUUGUGACAAUUUAGGAUUGUUUUAAGUCAGUCGCCUUGGAUAAAGGUCGUUGCAAUUGC